AUACAACUCCAGCAAACCGCAGCGAACGUGCUUAAGGGAGCGGUGAUAGCAUCCUGGAAGUCUCGGUUAAGCUCCUGUAUAUACGCUCAAUAGUUCCACUCAUCAUAGCAGACCGGCCAUUGGCAGACGCGUCGCUGGAAGACGCGGGCUAUGGACGUCCUCUACCUGUCCAUCGACGAUGAGCAGCAGUUCUUCGCAGAGCUGGACGAUAUUGUCAACUCACCCAUCCACUCGCGAGAUCAGGUCGACAACACCGUCACCUCUUUCGUCCGCUUCGCAGCACAGUUCAGAGAACAGUACCUCCAAACAACACACGCAGUAUGCCGCGUUUCAUUCAAACUGAUGGAUUCGUCUCUGUAUGAACCAAAUGCGUCUCAUAUUCGCAAACUUCUCAUCAGGCUUGCUCUACUCCCUGAAUGCGCAUCGUCGAUGCUCUACAUGAUAUUGGCGUUGCUAUUUCUGGACGGGCGCACGCAUCCCAAGACAUACAGGGCAAUGAACAAACACGGGAUGUUUGGGAAGUUGAUCGAAACUGUCAAGCACGGGGAGGACGCACAGUUGCAGAGGAUGGGAUUGGAGCUGCUUUACGAGAUGUGCCGAGUUCAGAAGGUCGGGAGACGGGAGCUAGAAUCUAUCGAUGUCGAGUUCCUCGUCUAUCUCUUCAGUUUCGUCGAGGACAUGUCCGACGAACACGAUAUCCAUUCCUACGCUGUUCUCAAGGUGAUUCUUGUUCUCAAUGAACAAUACAUGGUCGCAUCUUUACCAUCACAAAAAGAUCAAGUCAGUGCGUUUGACAUUGCUUCGCCGGCUCCGUCGAAGCCAGGCACACCUUUACCGCCGUUAUCGAACAAGGUCAUGGAGCUAUUGUCGGUGAGGGGUUCGGAAUUCAAGGCGUUUGGAGAGAACAUCAUCUUCCUCUUGAAUCGAGAGCGUGAAACAUGUCUUCAGCUCCUAGUUUUGAAGUUUCUUUACUUAACCUUCACCACGCCUGAAACAUACGAAUACCUCUAUACAAAUGACCUGCGAGUGCUUGUGGAUGUGUUCAUCAGAGAGUUAUACGACCUUCCAGACGAAGCCCAAAGUCUGCGGCACACAUAUCUCCGAGUGUUGUAUCCGCUGUUAAGUCACACACAGCUACGACAUGCUCCACACUACAAGGCAGAUCAACUACGAAAGUUGUUACUCUGUCUCAACGGCACGGCACGAAGCGCACAUUUCCAAGCAGUGGAUGCGACCACAAUCCGACUUGUCAGUCGCUGUGCGAAGGUGUCGUGGUUGGAGAUGCCGCAGGAAGUCAAAGUUCAGGAAAAGGAGCUGGAUGAACUCAGCAAGAAAAUGGAAAGAUUGGGUGCUAGCUUGGGGCGGAAAGAGUCGGGCAGUGCUACGAGUGUUGCAGCAGUCGCUGUUGUUCAGAAACCACCACCCGGAAAGGUAACGCCACGAAAGAUGCCGCCUCCUCCGCCGCCGGGAAGACGGCACAGAAAUGGGCAGUGUACGCCGACGAUCGCGGUUGAAUGAUGAACUGCGGCGAUCAUUUUGAAUCUUUGACAUUGGGUAUUUUGCAGCUGGGGAGUACGGUGCUUUGUUACGGG